CACGGUCCAGGCAGAAGUUGAGCCACCUAUAUAAAUCACCCUCACAGCAGCUCUGAGCUCACAUAACUGAACCACACAACACAUAGAGACAUUCAUCCUAUCCUGAUAUUGUGACUAUACCUCCAAUUAUUACAUCCAGAGAAUUACUUACAAUGCAUUUCUACAAGACUCAAAAACCCACAAUUGCUACAUUUUUCAUCCUUCUCCUAUCAAUGUUGAAUCAGUGGCCAGGAGUUGAAGGCUGGUCGUACCAUUCCUCAAAUUAUACCAUGACUUGGACAAAAGCCCGUGAAUGGUGUCAGAGUCACUACACAGACAUGGUGGCAAUUCAAAACCAUGCCGAAAUUGAAUACCUCAAUGAAAUACUCCCCUGGGUAUCAGGAUACUAUUGGAUUGGUAUUCGCAAAAUUGACAAUGUCUGGACCUGGGUCGGAACCAAUAAACAUCUGACAGCUGAGGCUGAGAACUGGGCCACAGGGGAACCUAAUAACGGACGCAACAAUGAGGACUGUGUGGAGAUCUACAUUCGGAGAGUCCAAGACAGUGGCAAGUGGAAUGAUGAGUCCUGCAUGAAGGAGAAGACGGCACUAUGUUACACUGCAUCCUGUAAGAACGACUCCUGUAGUUAUCAUGGAGAGUGUGUUGAGACCAUCAACAACCACAGCUGUAACUGUUUAGAGGGUUUUUACGGAGACAAGUGUGAACAUGUUGUUAAAUGCGAAGCAAAGGAAAUCUCUGCUCCUGAGCAUGGCAGCGUUCAAUGCCACCACCCUAAUGGAAAUUUCUCAUACAAUUCCGAAUGUGAGUAUUCCUGUGAUGAAGGCUACAACUUAGUUGGUGCGAAAACAACACAGUGUGGUGGCACUGAAGCAUGGUCCAACAAACCCCCAACCUGUGAGCUAGUCCAGUGCGUCAGUCUAAAUGUGAUUCUUCAUGGAACCAUACAGUGCAAUCAUACGAUUAAACCCUUCAGCUAUCAGUCCUCCUGUGAGUUUAGCUGUGAAGAAGGGUACAAACUAACAGGUUCCAGCUACAGCUUGCUGAUGUGUAACGCCUCUGGACAGUGGAAUGACUCACAGCCCACCUGUGAAGCAGUCCGCUGUCCGACUCUUGAGAAGCCAGUGGAUGGUGAAAUGAUCUGCAGUGGUGAUAGUUUUGGGAGCAGCUGCACGUUCAGCUGUAACGUUGGGUUUCACCUGCUGGGCACGUCAGAGCUCACGUGCACAAAAACUGCUCAGUGGAACCAGGAGACACCAUCCUGUAAAGCUGUUCAGUGCCCUGCGCUCCAGACUCCACAGAAUGGCAUUGUGUCCUGUACAGACCAGACUCUCAGUAAAGGCUCUAUAUGCAGCUUUACCUGUAGUGAGGGCUUCAUCCUGGAGGGUGCAUUGAACACAGAGUGUACAGAUGCAGGAGAAUGGAGCACUAAAAUCCCCAGCUGCACAGCAGUCCGCUGUCCGACUCUUGAGAAGCCAGUGGAUGGUGAAAUGAUCUGCAGUGGUGAUAGUUUUGGGAGCAGCUGCACGUUCAGCUGUAACGUUGGGUUUCACCUGCUGGGCACGUCAGAGCUCACGUGCACAAAAACUGCUCAGUGGAACCAGGAGACACCAUCCUGUAAAGCUGUUCAGUGCCCUGCGCUCCAGACUCCACAGAAUGGCAUUGUGUCCUGUACAGACCAGACUCUCAGUAAAGGCUCUAUAUGCAGCUUUACCUGUAGUGAGGGCUUCAUCCUGGAGGGUGCAUUGAACACAGAGUGUACAGAUGCAGGAGAAUGGAGCACUAAAAUCCCCAGCUGCACAGCAGUCCGCUGUCCGACUCUUGAGAAGCCAGUGGAUGGUGAAAUGAUCUGCAGUGGUGAUAGUUUUGGGAGCAGCUGCACGUUCAGCUGUAACGUUGGGUUUCACCUGCUGGGCACGUCAGAGCUCACGUGCACAAAAACUGCUCAGUGGAACCAGGAGACACCAUCCUGUAAAGCUGUUCAGUGCCCUGCGCUCCAGACUCCACAGAAUGGCAUUGUGUCCUGUACAGACCAGACUCUCAGUAAAGGCUCUAUAUGCAGCUUUACCUGUAGUGAGGGCUUCAUCCUGGAGGGUGCAUUGAACACAGAGUGUACAGAUGCAGGAGAAUGGAGCACUAAAAUCCCCAGCUGCACAGCAGUCCGCUGUCCGACUCUUGAGAAGCCAGUGGAUGGUGAAAUGAUCUGCAGUGGUGAUAGUUUUGGGAGCAGCUGCACGUUCAGCUGUAACGUUGGGUUUCACCUGCUGGGCACGUCAGAGCUCACGUGCACAAAAACUGCUCAGUGGAACCAGGAGACACCAUCCUGUAAAGCUGUUCAGUGCCCUGCGCUCCAGACUCCACAGAAUGGCAUUGUGUCCUGUACAGACCAGACUCUCAGUAAAGGCUCUAUAUGCAGCUUUACCUGUAGUGAGGGCUUCAUCCUGGAGGGUGCAUUGAACACAGAGUGUACAGAUGCAGGAGAAUGGAGCACUAAAAUCCCCAGCUGCACAGAAGUGAGAUGUCCUGACCUCCAGAAGCCAAACAAUGGCCUCAUCAACUGUUCCUCCGAGCCGCUCUUCAACACUACCUGUUCCUUUAGCUGUCUUGAUGACUACCAGCUUCAUGGUAACGAGAUGGUAUUGUGCAGCCUCAAUGGCAACUGGACUGGAGAGGUGCCUGAGUGCCAAGCUCAUCCUGUGUCCUUCAGCCCAUCUUUGGUAUCUGGCCUGACCAUGGGUUUAGGAGGCAUCACUGCAUUUUCCAGCUUUGCUUUUGUUUUCUGGAUAUUAAAGAGACUCAGAAAUUUGAAAGCUAAGAAGUUUGACCUCAGAUACGUCUACAAUGGCUCAUCUACCAAUAAUUGGAUGAGGUUUAUUACUAUGAUGCGCAUGAUUCCUGCUGGAGGCCUGGUGUUACUUGUGAGUCUUUAUGCACAAACACAUCUUUUGCUGUCCAUAAGUUUAACAUCUGUUUUUGUCAUGAGCUGGACCUACACAUAUUCCAGUGAGGUGAUGACCUGGACCGAGGCCAAAGCAUGGUGUGAAAAUCGAUCCAGUUGGAUGAUGGUUAUUCCAAAUGAAGAACACAACAACUACCUUAAAGAUAAUCUCCCGCAGAAGCCUAAAAUCUAUUAUUGGAUUGGACUCAGAAAGACUCAGGACAUUUGGACUUGGCAGGGGACAGCACAGAUGUUGGAGAAUGGUGGAUCCUGGGCUAACAAUGAACCAAAUAACAAAAAGCAAGAUGAGGACUGUGUAGAAAUAUACAUUAAUAAUGGGACACAAAAUGGCAAGUGGAAUGAUGAAAAGUGCAGCAAAAAGAAGCGUGCCUUGUGUUAUGGCGAGGCUGGGAAUCUGGAUGGUGUACAUCGUAACCUUCAAACAGGGUGGGCACCCAGUGACAUACCACCUCAAACUCCUAACAUCUACUCCUCAUGGACCGUAUCUAAAGCAUCAUGUUCUGAGAAGUCAUGCAGCAGGAAUGCUGAAUGUGUGGAGGAAAUCAACAACUACACAUGCAAGUGUAAUCCAGGGUUCACUGGUCCUAUGUGUAUGGAUGCUGUGACCUGUAAUCCGCCUGUGAGCCCUCAGAAGGGUAACCUGACCUGUAAAAAUCCAGUGGGAAAUUUCUCGUACCGUUCAUCGUGUGCUGUGAGCUGUGAGGAAGGAUACACACUCAGAGGACAGAACACACUCACCUGCCUCAAGACUGGCAACUGGUCAGCAGAAACACCAUCAUGUGAAGUUAUAAGGUGCAACGCUCUCGGUUCUGUUCAUCGUGGCUCCAUGCAUUGUACAGACUUGUUGGAAAAGUUCGCUUAUGGCUCCAUUUGUCAGUUUGAGUGUGAUGUUGGCUUUCUCUUGAUGGGUUCAAAUCACACCCACUGUGGCUCAGAGGGGAAGUGGACCCACAAUCCUCCAGUGUGUCAAGCUGUUACCUGUGACCAGAUUGUGACCCCCACAAAUAGUCACAUGACCUGCACUGAUCCACUGGGAAAUUUCUCGUACCGUUCAUCGUGUGCUGUGAGCUGUGAGGAAGGAUACACACUGAGAGGACAGAACACACUCACCUGCCUCAAGACCGGCAACUGGUCAGCAGAAACACCAUCAUGUGAAGUUGUUCAGUGCCCUCCAAUUGCCACUGUGCUCACUAAUGGUAGAAUAAACUGCAACCAUCCACUGAACUCAAACAGCUACAACUCUACAUGUGUGUUUAUGUGUGAAGAGGGCUUUGAGCUGAGAGGGUCAUACACAACCCUGUGUGAUCACACUGGACAGUGGACACAUGACACCCCAAACUGCACAGGUAUGUUGUGUAAGGCUCUUACUGUGCCUGAUGGUGGCAUUGUGAACUGUUACAGAGGCAACAGCACUAUCUGCACAGUACAGUGCCCCUCGGCUUACCUGCUAAUUGGAGCACAUGAAUAUACCUGUAGGCCUGAUGGCUCAUGGAGCCAAUUUCAACCUCUAUGUGCAAGUUACAAACAUAUGCUUAUGACUUCGUCAGGAUGUGCAGUGCUUUCUACCAUCUGCUGCUGUAUGUUCUGCUGUUCCUACUGCAGAAAGAGAAAAAAGUCAGUGAAACAAAAUGAUCAAGAGGUGAUGACGCCAGUAUACGAUGCGGAUAAUGCACCACUGGAGGAGCCACUGAGCUCAGUGUGACAAUUCAGAUGGCAAAAUUGCUGUUUGUUUGACUCAUUAAAUUAACAUGUCUGUCAAUAAUUGCCAAUUCAACAUACUGUAUACCCAAAGGACCUUCCUGGUGAAAAGUUAAAACAGAGCAAGAAAAUGGAUGGACAGUUAAACUCUACUUCUGAACCUGUCUCUUUCUCUCAUGUUAACAAAUGCAAAAGUCUGUUAAAAAGCUGUUAAUGAUGAUAAAUUAGUGUGGAUUGGAGGAACCUGAGCAACAUUAACAAAAGCUGACAUUUAUGUAUGUAAUUAUAAAUAAACAGGUUUAAAAAAGG